AUGAGUCUCCUCAAAGAACGUAAGCCAAAGAAACCUCAUUACAUCCCAAGACCGCCAGGAAAGCCAUUUAAAUAUAAGUGCUUUCAGUGUCCCUUUACUUGCAACGAGAAAUCCCAUCUUUUUAACCAUAUGAAGUAUGGUCUCUGCAAAAACUCAAUUACUUUAGUAUCAGAGCAGGAUCGCAUUAUCAAGUGUCCAAAGACCAAUUCCUUGGAGCCCAAACAGAUAAAUCAGCUAGAAUCUACAGUUAAACCGACGUCUUCUAAAUCUAUCACAAAUGGACUAUCAAAUCUCGAUUCAAAGCCUCAAUACCCUUUUGCGAAGGAAGACGCCAAGGAAAAUGUUGAAUUACAAAACCAGGCAACAAACACGUCAAUUCAAGGACAAAAACCUGCAAUUCAGAAGGAAUUAACUCCUGCCAGUUCUACAACAGAAAGUGCCAUCAGCAUGCAGCCCCUUUUGGACAGCAUUGUAAGGCCCUCAGCUUUUAUUCCUGUAGGAGAACACAGAGAUAGUAAAGGCCCAGAAGCGAAUGAAGUAUCUGAAAUUAUAUCCCUCUCUAACAAAAGUUCACCUUUUCACGCUAAAUCUGCAUUUCAUGCACCAAAUCACCCAUGGAAAGCAGGUUCUCCUUUUCUCCCAGAGUUUCCACACAAAGUUGCUCCUACAAAAGGUUUCGGCUCUAUUUCACCUUAUAUGCAACCAAUGAUUCCAGAGUACUCACCCCAUUUUUAUGAACACAGGCUGGCUAUCUAUGCACCUUACUUACUUCCAGGUAAUUCAGAGUGUGAAAGCUCUGCUCUGUCUGUCUAUGGCACACAAGAGCAAAGACACUUUAUUCCCCACGCUGGGCCACUUCCAAAACCGAUAAACCCAUCAGCAUAUGAACACUAUCGAUUGUUCCAACAAUAUCACUCCACUCCUCCAAUACCAUAUGGAUUUUGUAGACCAACAGAUCCUCCAUUUUACAGAUUUUCACACGUAGCUGGUAUCAACAGAGAUCAAAAUUCUCAUCUAAUGGAAGAAACUACCUUGCUGUAUCCGGCUUCUUUAAGUCCAUCCCAACAAUACCCUCUAAGCUCACAUAAAAAACAAACAGAUUACGAAAAGGAAAUGACAUUGUUGCAUGCCAAAAGUCAUUCCAAAGAUGACCAAAAUGAAAGAGAGAACGCUAAAAUGAGCCCUCUUGCAGGAAGCGCGGCAACAGGCUCCCCUGGUAGACCUAGCCCAACCAACUUCACUCAGACAAGCCACACUUGCGAAGGUUUAUUUGACCUCUCUAACAAGUCAUCUGCCACAUCGCUUGGCAAGUAUGAUCAACCAGAAGAAAACUUCACAGCUUUCAGACCUGUCAGAAAAAGCACCGAUCAACCACCUCUACUUCAAAGCACGCAGACCCAGCAAGAUGGAGGAGAUUCACCUACCAGCAUUAAUGUCACCGAUGAAGAUUCAUAUGUACCGAACGAAUGCCAUAACAAUGAGGGUUCACUGUCCAACACCGAAGACGACACAGGGAUAGCGCCCCUCAAUCUUUCAAAGAAGCCCGACACAAACACAGGACCUGCUCAUGAACAUGCAUACAAAAGCACUUCCAAAGCAGAAAGCCAAAAUUUUCUAGAACUGCAAGACAUGCCUCUGAAUCUCUCAGUAAAAGACUCCUGUAACACUGGAAGCCUGAAAACUGCAUUCCACAGUCCAGCUCAUGAAAACGGUGCUGCUACUUCUCCAAAACCCGAAAAUGAAAAUUCCAUGGCAGACGCAUGUAACCCCAAGAACCCUAUUAACAGUGCCGGUGACAAAUGUUCCUUCACAGCUCACCGUAAUGAAGCCCAAGACUUGAGAAUUAUUGACAGUUGUGAUGAACAGAAGCAAACAGCAGCGGUAGCUCUCUGCCAGCUGGCCGCAUACAGCCCUAGCAAAGCCAGAAUGGACAACGAAGGGCAGAGUCCUCAGGACUGUAAUACUUCAUGUACAGAAGCUACUCGUAAUUCUUCCGAAGCUCAGGAUACUCAAAGCAAUCAAAAAGUGAAAGGACAAAAAAGGACAAAUCAAAAAGAAUCAACAAAAUCACAGCAAGGCACUAAAAGAGUAAGGCCAAAUGACUGUAGCAGAGUCUUCACUUUAAGGAAGAGAACAAGAGUGUCAUAA